AAAGAUCGUACUCGCAGUCAUCCAUCAACCCGCGCAGCCCACCACCCAGCAGCACCCUUCGCAACCACAUACAUUCAAAAUGGAUUCCGCUAAGCAGCCUGUCAAGCUUGUGAAGGUCACCCGCGUCCUGGGCCGUACCGGCUCCCGCGGUGGUGUCACCCAAGUCCGCGUCGAGUUCAUGGACGACGAGACCCGUUCCAUUAUCCGUAACGUCAAGGGACCCGUCCGUGAGGACGACAUCCUCUGCUUGCUCGAGUCUGAGCGUGAGGCCCGCAGACUGAGAUAAACGUGGCGAAUCGGCAGCGGCGGCGUGUGUUAUGGACAUUACGAGGAACGGAAUCAUGGUUCUGAGGAUGGGACAGGAACAUUGCGAGGGCUUCGUCACCCGAGCCCACGGCUUUCGUGUUUAGAGGAGUCAAAAAACGGAUUCUGGCAUUGCGAAUACAGCAAGGUUCUCCCACCCCAGCCGCGAGGCAACUCUGCACGAAGAAUCGACCUCGUGUACCUGUUUGUGAUGCGACGCUGGAAGGGGCAAAGGGAACGGCGUCUAACGAGAUAUAUCAAUCAAUGGACAGCCUGGGAAAAUUCAUCAAAACAUCUUCUGCACCAUUUUUCAACGUCUUCGACUGACUGCUGUGCGGUUCAUGCUGCUUGAAUGAUACCAUCCCCGCGGGGAAAGUUGUGAGAAGACGUCAUGUGCCGGACGAACCCGCGAUCAGCUGGACUGGACUGUCGCUCAAAUCUUGAAGACGAC